UAAGACAGCCAUGUUUUGUGAGUAACUGAGAGAGAGAGGUUGUGUUAGGUAGAUUUUAGGUGUUUCAACAAAUAGAGCAUUGUAAAUGCUUACUUGGAUUAUGUUUUCAUGAUAGCUUUUGAUAAAAGACAUGUGGUGACCUUUGGGGUCAGCCAAGCUAGGACACAAUAGUAGGUAUUCUUUCAUUCCUUUUAACUGAAAAAUAUCACGGCUUGUUGUUUUGGAGUGCUGUCACUGCUCUGAAUCGAAAGGAUAAUGGCUACUUCCUGAUUAAACCCACUCUCCACAAUAUGGAGUCUGGAGAAUGGUUACCAUCCUCAACAGCCUCCACUACUACACCUUCAUCUUCUCUACCUUCUGUGGCUUCAUCAGUUUCAAAAGGCGGCCUUUCCACGGGAGCUGCUUCACUUAGCUCUACAAUCAACCCAUGUGGUGCAGAAUGGUGGCGAACAACAGAUGUUCAUAGUCGUACAGGGGCAACCUUCUUUCCACCAUUACUGGGAAUUCCACCACUGUUUGCUCCUCCAGCCCAGAAUCAUGAUUCUUCUUCAUUCCAUUCAAGGACUUCAGGAAAAAAUAAUAGAAAUGGUCCUGAAAAAGGUGUAAAUGGGUCAAUAAAUGGAAACAGUACCUCAUCUGUAUCUGGUAUCAACACACCUGUAUUAUCCACUACUGCUUCAAGUUCUGUGGGACAAACUAAAAGUAUAAGCUCAGGUGGAGGAAAUCGAAAAUGUAAUCAGGAACAAAACAAAAACCAGCCUUUGGAUGCUAGAGCUGACAAAAUAAAAGAUAAGAAACCAAGGAAGAAAGCUAUGGAAAGUUCUAGCAACAGUGAUAGUGAUUCGGGCACAUCAUCAGACACCUCAAGUGAAGGCAUUAGUAGUAGUGAUUCAGAUGAUCUAGAGGAAGAUGAAGAAGAAGAAGAUCAAAGUAUUGAAGAAAGUGAAGAUGAUGAUUCUGAUUCAGAGAGAGAAGCACAACAUAAGAGUAACAACCAGGUGCUAUUACAUGGUAUUUCAGACCCAAAAGCAGAUGGACAGAAAGCAACUGAAAAAGCCCAGGAAAAAAGAAUACACCAGCCAUUACCUCUUGUGUCUGAAUCCCAGACUCACUCAUCAUUCCAAUCCCAGCAGAAGCAGCCUCAGGUUUUGUCACAGCAGCUUCCAUUUAUUUUCCAAAGCUCUCAGGCAAAGGAGGAAUCUGUGAACAAACACACAAGUGUAAUACAGUCUACGGGAUUGGUGUCCAAUGUGAAACCUUUAUCUUUGGUAAAUCAAGCCAAAAAGGAAACUUACAUGAAACUCAUAGUUCCUUCUCCUGAUGUACUUAAAGCAGGGAAUAAAAAUACCUCUGAAGAAUCUAGUCCUUUGACCAGUGAAAUGCGAUCCAAACGGGAACAAUAUAAACAGACAUUCCCAGCGCAGUUAAAGAAACAAGAGUCAUCCAAGAGCUUGAAGAAGGUUAUUGCAGCUUUGUCAAAUCCAAAAGCAACCUCUAGUUCACCAGCACAUCCAAAACAAACAGUAGAGAACAACCACCCUAAUCCAUUCUUGACAAAUGCACUUUUAGGUAAUCACCAACCAAAUGGAGUUAUUCAAAGUGUCAUUCAAGAAGCUCCUCUGGCACUUACUACCAAAACUAAAAUGCAGAGUAAGAUUAAUGAAAACAUUGCUACUGCAAGUAGCAGCCCUUUUUCCUCACCUGUACAUUUGAGUACAAGUGGGAGAAGGACCACUGGCAAUCAGACAACUGUGCUACCCUCUGCCUCUCCCAUAGUGCAUCCUCAAGGGAAGGAAAAAGCGGUUAGCAAUAAUGUAAACACAGUAAAAAUACAGCACCACCCUCACCCUGCAAAAUCUCUAGUGGAACAGUUUAGGGGAACAGAUUCAGACAUUCCCAGUAGUAAAGAUUCUGAAGAUUCAAACGAGGAUGAAGAAGAAGAUGACGAGGAAGAAGAUGAGGAAGAUGAUGAAGAUGAUGAAUCUGAUGACAGCCAAUCAGAAUCAGAUAGUAAUUCAGAAUCAGAUACAGAAGGAUCAGAAGAAGAUGAUGAUGAUGAUAAAGACCAAGAUGAAUCAGAUAGUGAUACUGAAGGAGAGAAAACUUCAAGGAAACUGAAUAAAACAACUUCCUCUGUCAAAAGCCCUUCCAUCAGUCUCACAGCUCACUCAACACCUCGUAACCUCCACAUAACAAAAGCCCCAGGCUCUGCUCCUGCUGCCUUAUGUUCUGAGUCCCAGUCACCUGCUUUUCUUGGCACACCUUCUUCCACCCUUACUUCAAGUCCACACUCUGGCACUUCCAAAAGAAGAAGAGUAACAGAUGAGCGUGAACUGCGUAUUCCUUUGGAAUAUGGCUGGCAAAGAGAGACCAGAAUAAGAAACUUUGGAGGGCGCCUUCAAGGAGAAGUAGCAUAUUAUGCUCCAUGUGGAAAGAAACUUAGGCAAUACCCUGAAGUAAUAAAGUAUCUCAGCAGAAAUGGAAUAAUGGAUAUCUCAAGGGACAAUUUCAGCUUCAGUGCAAAAAUAAGAGUGGGUGACUUCUAUGAAGCCAGAGAUGGACCGCAGGGAAUGCAGUGGUGUCUUUUGAAAGAAGAGGAUGUCAUUCCCCGUAUCAGGGCAAUGGAAGGCCGUAGAGGAAGACCACCAAAUCCAGAUAGACAACAAGCGAGAGAGGAAUCCAGGAUGAGACGUCGGAAGGGUCGACCUCCAAAUGUGGGAAGUGCUGAGUUUCUAGAUAAUACAGAUGCUAAAUUGCUAAGAAAAUUGCAAGCUCAAGAAAUAGCCAGACAAGCAGCGCAAAUAAAGCUUUUGAGAAAACUUCAAAAGCAGGAACAGGCUCGAGUUGCCAAAGAAGCCAAAAAACAACAAGCAAUAAUGGCUGCUGAGGAGAAGAGAAAGCAAAAAGAACAAAUAAAGAUUAUGAAACAACAGGAAAAAAUUAAGAGAAUUCAACAAAUCAGAUUGGAAAAAGAACUUCGAGCCCAGCAAAUUCUAGAGGCUAAAAAGAAAAAGAAGGAAGAAGCAGCAAAUGCCAAAUUAUUGGAGGCCGAGAAACGAAUAAAGGAAAAAGAAAUGAGAAGACAACAAGCUGUUCUUCUGAAGCAUCAGGAGUUGGAGAGGCAUAGACUAGAUAUGGAACGAGAGAGAAGGAGACAACAUAUGAUGCUUAUGAAAGCUAUGGAAGCUCGUAAAAAAGCAGAAGAAAAAGAACGGUUGAAGCAAGAAAAACGUGAUGAGAAAAGAUUAAAUAAAGAACGUAAACUAGAGCAACGAAGAUUGGAAUUGGAAAUGGCAAAGGAACUAAAGAAGCCUAAUGAAGAUAUGUGCUUAGCAGACCAAAAGCCUUUGCCAGAGUUGCCUCGUAUUCCAGGACUUGUUCUCUCUGGAAGUACAUUUUCAGACUGUCUCAUGGUGGUGCAGUUCUUACGAAACUUUGGUAAAGUUUUGGGCUUUGAUGUGAAUAUUGAUGUUCCAAACCUGAGUGUUCUUCAAGAGGGAUUGCUAAAUAUAGGGGACAGCAUGGGUGAAGUACAAGACUUGCUUGUGAGGCUCCUCUCGGCUGCUGUAUGUGAUCCAGGUCUAAUUACGGGAUACAAGGCCAAAACAGCUCUUGGAGAACAUUUGCUAAAUGUUGGUGUGAAUCGAGACAAUGUUUCCGAGAUUUUGCAGAUUUUUAUGGAAGCCCAUUGUGGACAAACUGAACUUACUGAAAGCCUGAAAACCAAAGCUUUUCAGGCUCAUACUCCAGCACAGAAAGCUUCAGUCUUGGCUUUCCUGAUCAAUGAACUGGCAUGCAGUAAGAGUGUGGUGAGUGAAAUUGACAAGAACAUUGAUUAUAUGUCAAACUUGAGGAGAGAUAAAUGGGUAGUAGAAGGUAAACUUCGCAAGCUCAGAAUCAUUCAUGCUAAGAAAACAGGCAAAAGAGACACUUCAGGUGGCAUUGAUCUUGGAGAAGAACAGCAUCCAUUGGGCACACCCACACCAGGACGCAAACGAAGAAGGAAGGGAGGUGACAGUGAUUUUGAUGAUGAUGAUGACGAUGAUAGUGAUGACCAAGCUGAUGAAGAUGAUGAGGAUGAAGAAGAUAAAGAUGACAAAAAAGGAAAGAAGACUGAUAUCUGUGAAGAUGAGGAUGAAGGUGACCAAGCAGCAAGUGUUGAAGAGCUAGAAAAACAGAUUGAAAAACUGAGUAAACAACAGAGUCAGUACAGAAGGAAGCUCUUUGACGCUUCUCACUCUUUGCGUUCGAUGAUGUUUGGCCAGGAUCGUUACAGACGCCGGUACUGGAUUCUUCCCCAAUGUGGGGGGAUUUUUGUAGAAGGCAUGGAGAGUGGUGAAGGACUAGAAGAAAUUGCAAAAGAAAGAGAAAAACUGAAAAAGGCAGAAAGUAUCCAGAUCAAAGAAGAAAUAUUUGAGACCUCUGAAGAUACUUUAAAUUGUUCAAAUCCAGAUCACUGUGAGCAAAAGGAAGAUCCUAAAGAAAAAGAUAACACAAAUCUGUUUCUUCAGAAACCUGGCUCUUUUUCAAAAUUAAGCAAGCUUUUAGAAGUAGCUAAGAUGCCUCCUGACUCAGAUAUGAUGAUCUCCAAACCAAAUAGUAGUGCAAAUGGGUGUACAUUGUCUUAUCAAAAUAGUGGAAAACAUUCAUUGGGCAGCAUUCAAUCAACAGCAACCCAAAGCAACAUGGAAAAGACAGACUCUAAUAAUCUGUUCAGUACUGGUUCAAGUGGUCCAGGGAAGUUCUACAGUCCUUUACCCAAUGACCAGUUGUUAAAAACACUGACGGAAAAAAAUAGACAGUGGUUCAGCCUUUUGCCAAGAACCCCUUGUGAUGACACUUCACUUACCCAUGCUGAUUUAUCAGCUGCUUCCGUAGUGACUCCUCAGUCUCAGCCACCAUCUACGUCCCCCUCACCUGCCCCCGCUCCCCUCCUGGGAUCAUCUUCCUCUCAGAAUCCCGUGGGCCUCAAUCCAUUUGCUGUAUCACCUCUUCAGAUGAAAAGUGGAGUAUCUAUGAUGGGACUCCAGUUCUGUGGAUGGCCCACUGGCAUGCUUGCUUCUAAUAUUCCAUUUACAUCACCUUUACCUAGUCUGGGAUCGGGAUUGGGAUUAUCUGAAGGAAAUGGUAAUUCAUUCUUGACUCCCAAUGUUGCUUCAAGUAAAAGUGAAUCUCCAUUGCCACAGAAUGAAAAAGUCUCUUCAACUCAACCUGCGGCUGUUGAAGUAGCAAAACCAGUAGAUUUUCCUAGUCCAAAACCUAUUCCAGAAGAAAUGCAAUUUGGCUGGUGGAGAAUUAUUGACCCAGAGGAUCUAAAAGCUUUGCUCAAAGUGCUGCAUUUCAGAGGAAUAAGAGAAAAGGCGUUACAGAAACAAAUUCAGAAACACUUGGAUUAUAUUACUCAAGCCUGCAUCAAGAAUAAGGAUGUUGCUAUUAUUGAAUUAAAUGAAAAUGAAGAAAACCAGGUAACUCGAGAUAUUGUGGAGAACUGGUCAGUAGAAGAUCAAGCAAUGGAAAUGGAUUUGAGUAUUCUUCAACAGGUGGAAGAUCUAGAAAGGAGAGUUGCAUCAGCAAGUUUGCAAGUGAAGGGUUGGAUGUGUCCAGAGCCUGCAUCAGAAAGGGAGGACUUGGUAUAUUUUGAACAUAAGUCAUUUUCUAAAUUGUGCAAGGAGCAUGAUGGAGAAUUUACUGGCGAAGAAGAAAGCAGUGCAGAUGCAUUAGAACGGAAGAGUGACAACCCCCUAGAUAUAGCUGUAACCAGGCUGGCUGAUUUGGAGCGGAACAUUGAGAGAAGGUAUCUGAAGAGCCCCUUAAGUACCACCAUUCAGAUCAAACUGGAUAAUGUGGGCACAGUUACUGUCCCUGCUCCUGCACCAUCCAUUAGUGGUGAUGGUGACGGAAUUGAAGAGGAUAUUGCUCCAGGGCUCAGGGUAUGGAGAAGGGCAUUAUCAGAAGCUCGCAGUGCUGCACAGGUAGCUCUGUGCAUUCAGCAGUUACAGAAAUCAAUAGCAUGGGAAAAAUCAAUUAUGAAAGUUUACUGCCAGAUCUGUCGAAAGGGAGAUAAUGAAGAACUGCUUCUCCUUUGUGAUGGCUGUGACAAAGGCUGUCACACGUACUGCCAUAGGCCCAAGAUUACCACUAUACCAGACGGGGACUGGUUCUGUCCCGCUUGCAUUGCUAAGGCAAGUGGUCAAACUCUAAAAAUCAAAAAACUUCACGUCAAAGGAAAAAAGACUAAUGAGUCAAAGAAAGGCAAGAAAGUAACUUUAACAGGGGAUACUGAAGAUGAAGACUCUGCAUCUACAAAUAGUUCACUAAAAAGAGGAAACAAAGACCUGAAAAAAAGAAAAAUGGAGGAAAACACUUCUGUUAACUUGUCAAAACAGGAAAGUUUUACUUCUAUUAAGAAACCUAAAAGAGAUGACUCCAAAGACCUCGCUCUUUGCAGUAUGAUCCUUACUGAAAUGGAAACUCAUGAGGAUGCAUGGCCUUUUCUACUUCCUGUAAACUUGAAACUUGUUCCUGGUUAUAAGAAAGUUAUUAAGAAGCCUAUGGAUUUUUCCACAAUUAGAGAGAAAUUAAGUAGUGGACAAUAUCCAAACCUUGAAACCUUUGCUGUAGAUGUCAGGCUUGUUUUUGACAACUGUGAAACAUUUAAUGAAGAUGAUUCUGAUAUAGGCAGAGCUGGCCACAGUAUGAGGAAGUAUUUUGAAAAAAAGUGGACAGAUAUUUUCAAAGUGAGCUGAAGUUAUAAUAAUCUUUUUUUUUCCUUUUAAACAAGGACAAAUGAGACCAGCAGUGUGAACUGUAUUUACAUAAAUGUGCAAGGCACAUACAUAAUGACUUUUUUCCCUUAAAAUAAGUAUCACAAAAAAAAAAAAGUAUCAGAAGAAUGAUACCAUUUUUAAACGCUUCACUCCUACAACAACCAAGGCCCUUGGUUAUUGGUUUGUGUGAUUUAUCAGCUAAUUUAGGUAGAACAGGGAAGCACACCCAAAGAAUUUUCAAAGGAAAGGGUGUUAUAGUGCAAUAGCAAUUAAAAUAUAUCAAAUCGCACUGAAUAUUCAACACCAGAGCUCUAAUGUGGGAAAUGGUUCUCCUUUCCCUCUCAAUAAAUAUCUAUUUUUCAUUUUUUUACUUUGUAGUUUAUUUUUUAGUGAAUGUAUUUAAUUUUAUGAAUUAUUUAUGAUUAAACCACAUCCAGAAUCUUCGUUUUCUGUGAAAAGGAAGAACUAGAAAAUUGCUUUAAAUCUUGAAAAUACAACAAGGAAUGUUUUAAAAUAUAAAACAAAGCCAAGGUAAACUGUUUACACUGAUGUGCUAUAAAAGCACCAAAAAUAAACUUUACUGUAGAGUUACAAGUACAUUUAUAUAUAUAUACAUAUAUAUAUAUAUAUAUGUUGCUGCAUCACUUGUGUAGUUAAAUUGUAUUUCAAGACAGUGAAGAAAAAUUGACAUGUAUAUACUGUUCACUAUUGUUUAUAUUAAGUCUUGUUUUAAAUAUGUAUUAUGUGUAUAUAUUGUUUGGAGACAUUAUUGUUUAUGCCUUAGAAGGACUGUAGCAUUUUAUUUUAGUCUGAAGGUAAUUAUAGCUACACGGCUUGUACAGUAAUUAUCCUCUACCAACACUGUGGCGUCUCCUUGAUCUUGGUAGUGCCUGCCUUUGAAACAGGGUGUAGGGGAUAUUAGUUUUCCAUUUUUCUAUUUUGUUAUAUAAUUUUAAGCCACCAGGGCCUAAAUUAAAGUAUAAUCAUUUGUAUCCAUGUGGAAUAAAAUUGUGACAAUUUCCUACACACACAGUAUUUUUUCAUAGAAACAUUUCCUUCCCAUUUGCCUUGCCUCAGAAAUAAAUUUAAAAGACAUUUGUAACCACUGUGUUUUAUCUACUGUGUGUUGUGGUGGCCUGUUGGAGGCAAAUAGAUCAGAAUUUUUUUUGUACCUAUGUAAGAGUACUUGAAGUUUUAUUUAAAAUCAAAUGUUGUGGAAAAGGUAGCAUUCUUUUUUUUAGGAGUGUUAUUUUUCUCUACUAUGUGUGGCACGGAUACAAUAAAAGACUUUUACAAACUA